AUGGAUUUGAAAGCCAAGAAUUUUGAGGGACGAUCAGCAUUUGAUGUAGCAACUAAUGAAGAGAUGAGAGAUCCCAGUGAUGAAAGAAUAAGUGUUACAAUUCUUCGCAUUGCGAGUGGAAUAACAGAGGAGCAACGUAAUGCUUAUAUGAUAAUUGCUACUCUUGUUAUGACUACCACAUAUGAAUCAGUUAUGAGUCCCCCUGGUGGAGUUUAUCAGGCUAGUGCCGGGGACAAAAAUGCAACCACGAUUUCUACAAGUGGUACCCAAAGGAAGGGUGCUGGGAUAUCGGUGUUGUCUGAAGUUUCUUUCUUUAUGUUAUCAAAUAUGUUUUCUUUUCUCAUAUCAAGUGCAACCAUCUUUAUUACACGUUCUACUGUGUUUGCCAAUUUAUUUCUUCACCCAUAUUUAUCUCUUCUCUACGCUUCUGAUAUCUCCUUCCGUAGUUAUGCAAUCGGUUGCUCUUUUUUUCGUAUACCUAUUUAG